CUGAGAACACUGAUGAGUCUGGGUUACUUCAAUAUAAAGAGACAUCCCAGUUGCCUCUCUUAUUUGGCUUUAAUGCAGUACCUUUCUUUUAGCCUCCCAAAUCUUCCCCAAAUGAGAGAGAAAGAAGGAAAGAAAAUACUUUGAAAAUGUGGGUAUGGGAAGUAUCGAGUUAGGUAUUAGUGUUCCAGGUUUUGAUUUCUAGUAUAUCUGUAUCUGAUUCCUCCUGCUCUUGGUGUCUUUUGCUGGACCCUUACCUUACAAACCAUUUUUCUGAAAUGCUUGUAUUAUGCUUCAAUGUAUUCUUUGUCUGCUGAGAGUUUCCUCAGAUUGUUCCCAGUUACGGAAUAGAAAAAGAUAUUUUAUAAUUAGUCAGCCAAUCAUGAAAAUAUUUGGUAACUGUUACUUUAUACAGCUCCAGAUUCAGAUUUUGCAGAAUGGUUUUUACCAGGUCUAAUGGGAUAAAUUCAUUCUUAGUGUGACUUGCAUGGCAUUGAAGGGAUGAUUAUGGCCUUAGAAUCUGUGAAUGGAUCCAAAUUUCAGAUCUUAGUCCUAUUCCCUCUCCUGAACAUUGACAAAGUUUUGAUUGAUGUUUCAAUCCAAACUCCAUUGCUUGGCUUUUUGUACCUGCUGGUUUGAAAUGAAUCCAGGGUCAAAGUACCCUCCACGCUUCGGGGAAGCUCAAAUUUGAAUUUUGGAGUGGGGAAGGGGAUAGAGGAAGGAAGCUGAUGGGCACUUCCUAAUUGCUAGUAAUGUUUUAAUUAGGUGGAAUAGAGUUGCAUGAGGUUGAGUUCCUCUUUAGAAUAUUGCUGUCUGCUAGGAGAUACCUGCACUGAAAGAGGAUACUUCUUAUAGCAUCACAGUUGUGUGAGAGCAUUUUAUCCUGUCACUUUUAAUGAAAGUUAAAUCAGGAGUGAUAGUAUUUGAAGUCUGUCACUUCUAGCUGUCAACUGCUUCAUCUCCAUUUUCAUGCAUUCAGCUUUGUGUGUAUAAGCUUCCCCUGCAAAGGUACAGCUUAAAUAUAUGGACUUCUGUAUACCUGUACUGUACAUGGACUACCUGCAAACCCCAUUUAUCUGAGACCAAUUCAAAUGUCAGUGUUUAGAUGUGCAAGAUAAGAGAGUGUGUCUGUAUUCAAGUCCUUUUACAGCUGUCCAAAGAGAGGUGACAGGUUUUGGAUUUAAUCCUAAAAUAUCUCCCAGAUAUUCCAGCUAUAAACAUGAUUAUUAAAAGCAGUAGUGGGUGAGGCCAGCUCAGCAUGUGUCAAAUUAUGUUGUGGUAUGUGUCAACAAAGCAGGUCUUCUACAGUGGCAACUUGUAGCACUAUUUUUAGUGCUGAGGUAUCCCAGAAUGCUGCAGCUGUCUCUGUGCUGAGGUAUUAAGGGUUUUAUUUUGGUCCCUGUUAGCUUCUGCUCCUGGGACCUCUCAUUCUUCCUGUGCAAUCAGAGUGGCUGCAUUCACAGUGGCCAUGGGAUGCCGAUGUAGCAGAUGACACCUAGCCCUCCUCGUUUUGGUAUCCAGCCAUCUAGAAGCAGAGCAGAAAUAAAAAGAGCCAUUACAGCAUUCUGGAGUUGGAAGGGCAGACGAAGUAGCGGCUGAGGCUGUCUGGACCUAUGUGCCAGUGAAAUUUUGCUGACUGGGGUUUCUGUGGUGCUCAGAGCAAGCUGUCACUGUGGUCCAGAGUUUCAGAAAAUGAAUUACAAUCUUUCUAAGCUUAUCCAAAAAGUGCAGCAGUGCUGCUCACUUACAGCCUACGCGUCAAAGCUGCUCAGAGUUCCUCACAGGAAGCACGUAUAUGGCUUGGGGAUCAGUAAGAGGCACUGACAGUGUAGGAGACAGUAGAAAUCGCUGCCUUUGGACCCUCAAUCCUACCAGUGGGACAAAGGGGAAGAACGUAUUAAGAGUUCCACUGAGGACUAAACAUCCCAUUGUCCACAGUAUCACUCAGUGUGUGAGCAGCUGACACCAUGCUACUUGCAUAAAUCGUUGGGCAGGUUCAACAAGGCACUCGGGAGUCUGUUGUUGCUAUGUAGCAGUGUGUGCAUGGUCAUGCAGUUAUGUGCUCCUUGUCAUGUGGCAGAUGGGCUGCUGUUCAGGGCCUUAUUCAGGGCCUCUGUCCUGCCCUCUCAAAAAAUCAUGGCCGCGUCUAGCCUUUGUUAUUGUCUAUAAACAGCAUGCUGACUCAAUUGUGCGUGUAUAAGACAUGCCACAUCAUAUUGGCUUUAGGAUGUGAGGGCCCUAAUUAUCUUCCUGUUGGCAGUAAGGUGAAGGACUAAAUGGAUUUCCAUUAGAACUCCCUCCUGGUCUCUGGAGAAACCUCAGGGUCCCUGCAGGGAUGUUCCUCCAGGCAAGGUCCAAAGCUUGCUAUGUAAUGACUGUCAGAGGAAGCCUUCUCAGAAUUGCUUUUUCUGUAGAUUUUAGCAGGGCCAUCAUUUCAGCUGGGCUCCUGGGUUCAAGUUUGAGGCAGCUAGCAGCUCUGAAAGUGUCUGUUAAAUUUUAGAUGUGCUGCAUUUGUCAUUUGUUGUGUUUUCUUCUUUGCCUGUGACUGGACGACUGGGAACCUGCAAAUCACAGCAAACUUUAAAUAUACCAGCAAAAGCAGUGAGGGGCUUUUCUCUGCAGUUAACAGUGACAGGGUGAAGUAAACAUAAACAAACAAAAACCCAAACAAAAAUGCACCACCAAAAAAACCCACUCUCCAAGCGACCUUCCUGGCAGGGAAAGUCAUUCCAAGGGGAAUUCGCAGCAAUCUCUUGAUGGGGAUCUACCUUAACUUCAGGUGGGGAUGGCAAGUAGGUCUAGAAUUCUCUGUAUGCUUCUGGGGUGGACUAUUUGAAAUGUACUUCUCCACAGAUCCAUUUCUCUAUAGCUUUCACCAAGCAGUAGUUUAGCCAUGGAUCUCCAUAUCACUUGGAUUACUGAGAUUUAUAUAUCCAAAGGAAUGUUCAAAGUAAUUAACAGACUUGGGGGACUGUGACCCCGUUUCAGAUAAUCAUGUUUCCAACAGUCCAGGAUAUAUUAAACAAAUGACAUUGAAUUGCUUUUAUAUGGUGUUGCAUAGUGAAAUAGCACUAUAAUUGUCCAUUAAUAGAACCACUACUUCUGAUUGCAAGAAAGAGUUCACGGCUGUGAUUUGAAGUCUGGAGAGAACAAAAGGUUUAAAAAAGCUCCUAAGAUGUCAACUGUGCAAAAUAUUGUGGAAUUUUAGGGGGAAGUGAAUGCAGACCAUAUAUCUGUACUGUAUAUCUUGUAUAAUCUGUGUGUGUGUAAACUGCACAACUCUGGAGACACAGUUCUGUCUGCACCAGGUAAUUCAGCAAAGUGGCAUCAUAUUGAAACUUACUGCCUGCUACAAGAUGGUCAUCAGCAGGCAUAUAUCGAAAACAGUAAAAAAAAAAAAGAAAAAGAAAAAGGGGGGGGGGAGAAACACAAAACAAAAACAGAAGCAAGCUUAAAAGGCAAAUAGGGGCAUUCUUAAUUCUUUUCUGUAGAAGAGCGUUUCCUCUGGGGAAAAUCUUUUGCAAUAUCUUUUAAAGAGUGUUUUAUUAUAAGGGAAUUUAGGCUUCAAGUGAUCAGAGAUCUGGCACUGCAAGGUACUAGUGUUCUCAUCACUGUCUGAGAAGCCCUCAAAACCUUGAGCAAUUGUAUUCCAACUUAUCACUCACAUUAGCCUGGCACAUGGACUCUUCCUUCUUUCCCUACGUCUUGCACUGCUCCCCCCAUGCCAUGAUUCACAGUCCAAUGAAAUUGCUGCUAUUUCUCAUCACUAAAAGCUGUUCUCAUCCAUAUGUUUUUUGGAUCUGCCCUUGCUCCCCUGAAUUCAGUGGGACUUUUGUCCAUAGUUUCAAUAUAUCAGGAGAGUGUCCUUCUUUUUAAGAAGCAAAGCAAACAACAUGAGUUCUGAGCGGGAAAACACCUUUAAGGUGUAAUUUUUUUAAUGGAAAAAUGCUUUAGCACUGUAUAUGAAGUAAACGCAAAUCCAAAUACGUGCUAAAAAAAAAAAAAGCAAAACAAACUUUGCACAUUAAAUAAAGUGUUAGUAAGCAUCUUUAAAAUAGAUGAUGAUUUCCAUCUGAUAUAACUUUUAUCUUUCAGUCCUAUGCAGACAGCUGAUGAAUCACACAUGAUUAUGGUACUUGUGAAUUGUAAGUCUCCUCACACCUGAAGAUCCUGGCCUCCUGCCCGUCUGCUCUACCUGCUGCCAUUGACUGCCACUGCCCUGCUGCUGUGUACAACAAAGAAGCUGUGGGCCUGAGCCAGUCUCUGUAACUCCAUGUGCCUUGCUGUAUGAUGUUUUUGAACUAGACUACUUUUUUCUCCGUGGAUGCUGCCUCCCUCCUUCUUUCCAAAUCACUGCACAGAUUCCUACAAAUGUGAUGAGACAACAUAGACUAGUUGAUACUUUCCGAUACAAGGGAGCUUUUCAGAUUAUGUUCUGUUGUGGAUUUUUUAAUGCCUAUGAGAAUGAGUGAUUGAUGUCCUCUUCCACUGUAGUCCCUGUGGAGUACUGGAUAAAUGAAUACACCUCCACCUUGGGGAUCGGUGUCUUCCACUCUGGCAUCGAGAUCUACGGCAGAGAGUUUGCCUAUGGAGGGCAUCCCUACCCUUUCAGUGGGAUUUUCGAGAUCACACCUGGCAGUGCGGUAGAACUUGGCGAGACCUUUAAAUUCAAAGAAUCCAUUGCCUUGGGCACCACAGACUUCACAGAAGAGGAUGUGGAUAAAAUUAUGGAAGAGCUGGGCAAGGAGUACAAAGGCAACGCAUACCAUCUGAUGCACAAGAACUGCAAUCACUUCUCUGCUGCUCUUGCUGAGAUCCUAUGUGGGAAAGAGAUCCCUCGCUGGGUGAACCGCCUGGCCUACUUCAGCUCGUGCAUCCCCUUCCUCCAGAGCUGCCUCCCCAAGGAGUGGCUGACCCCAGCAGCCCUGCAGAGCCACAUCAGCCUCGGCCUCCACAAGGAGGAGCAGGGGGACACAACAGACGAGGAGUCUCCCUCCACCUCUGCAACCCCCUCAGCCUCAGGCACCUCGCGAACCUGUAGACAUACCCGUGUCUAAGCUGUGCCCAGUAUGCCCUUGAACACCAUUCUCCUCUCCCUAGUACUAUUUCUCUCUGAUGCGCCCUUUUGCAUACCUUGGUUUCUCUCUCCUCUUUCUCUUUACCUGACAAUGCAGCGGGAGGGAAGCCCCCUUCUACUGAGAUGGUGAAGCUGCAGUCCCUUUUCAAAGGGCUGCCAUGACAGUUGCUUGGCAAAAUGACUGUGAACUUCAGCACUGAGCUGAGGAGUGUGGUGACUAAACUGUGUUCUUCUCCCAGGGCCUCUGUGUCCCUCGAUCCACAGUGAACUGCUGGCUCUCUAGGGCAUGAGAGCAUGCAUAUGGGCAGGGGAUCACCAUACUGUGAAGUUCCUUGUCUGGAACUGUUUUAUCUUUUUAUCUUUUCCCCCACCCACUUGAGCCCACCAGCCUCCUCUCCAUUUUGGCUGGGGUUGCCAUUCCCCUGCGUCAUAUUUCCUGCCCACACCCACUGAAGGAAGCAGAGCCAGAGCUCAACUUUCUUAUCUCUUAGACCAGCAACAAGCUCCAGUCAGCCCUCCCCCCUUUUGUAAUUAUCAGGUUUCUAAAUCAUUUGAAGGACAAAUGAAAGGUGCUGCUGUUCUACAACCACCAGUUUUGAGUACUCAAAUUUAAGACCUCGAAUGACUGCUCUACUCUUGAAAACAAAAACAAAAAGAACCUAGAAAAUGAAUGUGUUACCGUGGCUUUUGUUUGGGAUCAAAAAAGAGGACAGGGCUAGUGCUUAAAGGCAGCUACCGAGUUGGUGCAGAGAUGACUGUUGGCCAUAUCAGUGCUCUUUGGCACAGACCCCUCUCAGUUCCCCUACUUCUAGGCAGUGUUCCUCAUUUCCUCUCCUUCCUUUUUCCCCAGGUGGGGGAAUCUCUCUCCUUGUUGCAGGUUGUACUUUGGGGGAUGGCUCUCUGGAGCAGUAAGGUGAGGAGAAGGAAUUUGCUGGGAAGUUCAGUAUUUCCUUCAGCUUUUCCCUCCUGCACUCAGAGACCUAAAACAAACCACCCCUCCCCAGAAUAUCGUUGAGCUAUCUAACUGGUGAACCCAAAGAGUGUCCACCGGUUUCCUUCAAGGUGGAGAAGGUAACUGAGGGCCAUGUCAGGAAGCAUGGAUGACCCUCCCCAUACGUGGGCCACCAAGGUGCCUUCUGUUAUGUGCGCUCUUUUAGUGGCAUGAAAAAUACGCACAGCUGGCUCACUGGUUUCUCCAGGCUAGCUCUUGAGAAGAAUUUGCCUGGUCCUUGGAUGUAUUUCUGCUCAUUCUGAUGGCUGAGGAGAAAGCUGAGGAGGAGAAAAGGUCAGAUACAGCAAUUCUUCCACUCAGUUACCUAACCAGAAGUUCUAUUCAGAAGGUGCAGGAGACUGCCAAAGGGGAAAUCCAGGCCCCCUUUCUCCCUUGCAACUCUUUUGGCUACACAAAGGAGGGUGGAAAAGGAACGUACAGAGCAUUGGCAGGGGGUUGCCAUUUUAGGAACAUGGUUCUCAACAGCUCCUACCAAGUCAGAAUUUCCUCCUUCCAUCCAGAAAGAAAUCCAAGCUGUGGUUGUUUCCUUUUAUUGGUCACAAUGAGACCAAGAGCACGCUAAGUCAAACCAGCUGUUUCUUUAGCUCAGGUAUGCAGAGGUGUGUGCUCUCAGGGCUGAAGGUCCUGGCUACAAGCAGCCUUGAUGUACUCAUGUCUGCACUUAAUGGUUUGGUGUGUGUGUGCAUGGGCAUGCAAGUACACACAUGCACAGAGAAAGGAAGGAAGAUCAAGCAUGAUGGGAAGUGAUUGGAAGGAGAAUUAUAGAAAGCUAUCAGACUCUUAGUGAAGCCAGAGGCUUUGAAGUGAUCUAUUGGCUGGAAAUACAACUGUCAAAGGAUGGUUGAACUCCACCUCCUCCUGUGGGAAUGCAUGUUUAUGCAAUAAAGCCUUUACAACAUGCCCCCAUUUUCAUCCUGUGAACAAAUUGCUGCAAGUUCUGCACAUAACGAAAAUCAUACUCCUUAUUAAUCUUGGCUGCUCAUAGCCAAUACUGCAUUAUGAGUAAUUUUACAACUCCUGGUAUCCAGACAUAGCACCCAUCUUGAUUACCCUGGCUUGUCCAGGGAUGUUUAAUAAGAUUUCCAUCCUGUUCUCCAUUCUGCUGCCCAGAAACAACAUUGCACAACGUAUUGCUGCACACUCUGUAUCCCUGCAGUCAUGGCCAUCGUAGCCUAAACCAGCAGUGCAAGCUCCAUUUUUCUGAAGUUCCCAGGUGCCCACCAAUAACCAGCAGCACGUUACGUGCAGUGGCUUUUAAAAUGUCUUUUAGGUCUGUCUCUGGAGGGAAGUGAGAAGAGGCAUUCCCAGAGCUUUUUUGUAGGCAGGGAAAACUGCAGUCAUAAACAGCUAGCUCCUGAUGCAACAAAAUCCAGCCAGCCAUCACCCUAACACUGCCAUUCUGCACCUGAGCUCCAAAAAACAUCAUGUAUUGAGGGCAGAACUUGGGCUCCAGUGGCACAUGUUUCACAAGGAAGAGGCUCUCACAGCAUUGCAAAAAGUAAAGCACUUAGUUAAGUGUUUGGGCUAUACUGUAAACCAGGCAGGCAAGCUGCAUUCAACAACCUUGGGAAGAUGGAUAUGUGUUUGAAGUAUUGGGAGCAACCAUUGGGGCAAGCUGUCAGUAUCAUAAAAAACAGAUAUUUGUUUAUCUACUUCUAUGUUUGUCAGUCUGUUCAUGGCAAUGGGGGCCACAACAAGGAUGAUGAACAUGAAACCUCUGCUGUAAGUCAAAACCAGAACAUGUUCCAGUCUUCAAACUCUGUUCAAGGUUAUUGACCAAUAAUGACAAGAACAAAGGGACACUGUGGAAAUGAAACAUACAUUGAUGAUAGCUUUAUCUCUGUAAUUUAACAGCAUUUUAGAUUAUUAAAAAUGAAGACAUUUUUAAAGUCUAAUUUACUGUUCAUCUCUGGCACAGAAUGUUUCAGGCACUUUUCUUAUCCUUCCAAACACAAAAUUAGACUAUUUAUUAUUUAGCUUCACAUUUCCUUUCUCUCUCACUUUCCAAUUCUGCUGUUUUAGAUUCUAAAACCAUGGGAGUGUUUUAGAUACCAACAGCUAUCAAUAAAAACAAAAGAGCAGUUUGCAAAUCUUGAAGAGAGCUCCCAAUGGCAUUAAUACACACUCAACCCUUCUACCCAUUUCCAGGAGCUUUUGUGCUCUUUUAAAGAGGAGAGGGGGAGGCUGCUGACUCUGCACGUGGGCAUCAGCAGCUGUGGCUUAUUUUGCUUACAGAGAGCUAACAGUAUCCAAGUGAGACAGAAAGAAUGAAGGUAAGGUAGAAUAUUAGAGUUAUGAGAAAAGACAAAUUGUUUCUAGGGAAAGUUAGGCUGAGAGGAAAGAGGUAAGUAAUAACAUCUUUUUCUCAGCACUUCUCUAUCUAUAAUAGCAAAUCUCUUAAUUUCAGGAUAUUAUUCUAUGGGAUGUUUUUGUCAUUUGGGUUCCUCCUCCUGAGUGCGUGAUUUGAGACCUACAGCUCUCAAAUGCUUACAAAGUUCAGAAAGGAACAGCUUUUCUUUCAGAGAAUCUGUGUGAAUUAGUCCCCGAGCCUGUGCUCUGUGACAAGUUCAUCCCAGUCUCAGCACAGUGCAGAGAUGAACACAGAGCUGUCCUCUUGCUGUCAUCACUUGCAGCUGAGAGUUCAUGUUUCUGUAAUUCAGGCCCAUGUUGGCUUCAUGUUAAUGAUGUAUGCAAGAAGCAGUCAUUUCCUGCUAUAUUAGUUUUUUUUAUUCUUCAGUUCUGUUUGUCUCUAGUGUGCAGAGGCUUCCAGAAAAAGUUAGUGGUCACUGGACUGCAGUAAUGUUAGUUUGGCUUGUUAUUAUGUAUGUAUGUUUGACUUUCCUUUUUAGUUUGUUCAUGUGUGGUGGCUUGUUGACAUGUUAGAAAACUUAAGUAAAGCCAUGAUUAAUGGAGAA